CAGCGGUGGUCCGCCAUUUCGUGGACGCCGGGUCUGUGAGAGUGCUUGUGAAGCUGGGCGGAGGGGAACGGAAGAGCCGUCCGUGGGUGUGUGGAUUUGAGCCUCCGUAUUUCUAACCCAAGAUUUCGAAAUGCAUCGUGAUUCCUGUCCAUUGGAUUGUAAGGUUUAUGUAGGUAAUCUUGGAAACAACGGUAACAAGACUGAACUGGAACGAGCUUUUGGCUAUUAUGGACCACUCCGAAGUGUGUGGGUUGCUAGAAACCCUCCCGGCUUUGCUUUUGUUGAAUUUGAAGAUCCCCGAGAUGCAGCCGAUGCUGUCCGAGAGCUAGAUGGGAGAACAUUAUGUGGCUGCCGAGUAAGAGUGGAACUGUCGAAUGGUGAAAAGAGAAGUCGAAAUCGUGGUCCACCUCCCUCGUGGGGUCGUCGCCCUCGAGACGAUUAUCGGAGAAGGAGUCCUCCACCUCGCCGCAGAUCUCCAAGACGGAGAAGCUUCUCCCGCAGUCGGAGCAGGUCCCUUUCUAGAGAUAGGAGAAGAGAGAGAUCACUGUCUCGGGAGAGAAAUCACAAGCCGUCCCGAUCCUUCUCUAGGUCUCGUAGCCGAUCUAGGUCAAAUGAGAGGAAAUAGAAGACCAGUUUGCAAGAGGAGUGGUGUACAGGAAAUGACUUCAUUUGACAGGAGUAUGUACAGAAAAUUCAAGUUUUGUUUGAGACUUCAUAAGCUUGGUGCAUUUUUAAGAUGUUUUAGCUGUUCACAUUUGUUUGUCUUGGAACAGUGACACAUAAAAAUGUAAUUCUCUAUGGUUUGAAAUGAAUCAUAUGAGGCAUGUAAUAUCAAGAAUUGUUACUUUACAAUGUUCCCUUAAGCAAAAUCGAAUUUGCUUUUAACUUUUUAGUCUUGCAGAGACUGAUAGAUAAUAAACCUCUCCUGCCCAGCUAAAGUGUGAUGUUUAAUACUACGGAAACUGGCAAAAAUUGAACCUAAGAUCUUCCAUAGCUGGGAUAUAAUAUGCAGCUGCAGUUGAAUAUGCAGUCUUCAAAAGCUGCUGUGAGCACAAGCCAGGUAAAAAUUAAAGCUGCGUCAUUAAAACUAGAUUUAGAGGUUAAAAAAAAAAAUCCAACUAGUCUUUUCACACUGGGCAGAGGUUGUCCAGUUGGUGUAGAAUCAAAGAAGUUUCAAGAAAGUUAGUUUACCUUGCCUUAGGUCAUAAGUUUCUUCUGUGAUUGCAGUAUAUGAAUACAUAGCUCUUUGUAACAUUCUUCAUAUGGAAAUUUGAGACUAUCCAAGAUACCAGUGUCAUGCCAGUUUAAGGGUACAUUGUAGAGCUGAACUUUGAGUUACUGUGCAAAAUUUUUUUUCAUGCUGUCAUUUGUAAUAUGUUUUGUGAGAAUCCUUGGGAUUAAAGUUUUGGUUACAAAUUGUUGUUUAACCUGAAAGCCUGUUUUUCCUUGCAAAACUAAAAUCUGAGCUUGGUGUCAAGUUCAGGUAUAACAUUCCUAUUGGAAGCCAUACUUAUAUUUUCUUGUAAAGUGCUUUUGAAUUAAUAAAAUAAUAGCGUAAUUGUGUAAUAGUUGAGCCCACUAUUACCAUAGUUCUUGUCCCCUGGAAAGCAGUUGGUUACACAAAUCUUAUAAGAAACAAAAUAGAGGCUUUUGAAAUGAAGGGACUAUUUGGUUGUCACCUAAGUGACAGUACUGUUUUUCAUUUGUUUUUUUUAGGAGUAGAAGCCAGUUUCAAGUCCAUGAUACUCAGUGACCAACAUUUUAAAGUUUAGCAACCCCGGUGCAUAUAACCCAAAGUUGCCCAUAAGAAAAGCUUUUGUCAUUAGCAUGAGAACUUUCCACAAAGCUUUAAAAAUUGCUUCCAUUUUAUAUAAUUUCAAGUGUUGCAUGGGAGUUCUAAAUUGAUCCAUCAUGAUGUAAAAUUCACUAUAUGGUUUAAAUGUAACAGUGCAGAAUUGAAUAUGGAGGCAUGCAUAACCUUCCUCUUAGAAAUCCAGAGGAGUUGUAAUUUCAAAUUUUUGUGCAAUUAGAUUAAAUCAUAAUGCAACACUCUUGUGGCUUAGUUUCCUUAAAUGUGCUAUUUAAUGAUAGUUUUGGAUUAUUCUGUACUGACUUGAAUAUGAAAGAAGUCAUUGCAUUAAGAGUUGAAUCUAUAAAGAUUUCAUAAGAUGUAGGUUCUAAAGAGAUUAUUUCUAGUGGUCCUAACCUUUCAUGUAAAUACCAGUGAGAUUCAUUGGUGUCAUAAAGGCGAAUUGGUAUCAGUGAGGUUCAGGUUCAGUAUGAGCCUUGUUAAAGAAGACAAGUGUUGAUUUAUUGGGAGUUUUGGCUUUGGGCCUUUUUGUCUUUCGUCAUUUCCUCAUAGCCUAAAUACUGUUCCUGUUGAAAACAAGGUAAGAAUAGCUUAAGAAGUCAUAAUGAUACAUCAAUAACUACACUGCUCUUGUAAAUGGACAUUUAUAUGGGGUUUCUUAGAAGUAUACAGUGGUUCCAGAGUCUUAAAUUAGAAGGGUUUCUGUAAAAAGGAUAAUAGAUUAUGGGAAUAAUGUGACUAAUAAGCCGAGUUUGUCAAGUCAACCUUGGGGAGUUAUCCUGGCUUUGGGUCCAAAUUUGCAAUCACUUUAAUAACCAGGAGCCCCAGCACAAUUUUAUAGCUUGCCAAAAAUAUGGAAGAUAGGAAUUGUUAAACUCUUAUAUUGCACUUUUAAAUUGCGACUAUUAAAAGUUCUGAAAUUAC